AGCAAUCCAUAACUCUUGAGACCAAAAGCCAAGCCCAAACGUUAUCCCACACUUGCCACUUGAGUCCCGGAAAGAUGUAUGCCGCCAUGAAGCCGCUGUCCAACUAUCUGCGCCUGAAGACCGUGCGCAUAUACGACCCGAUAUUCACGCUGCACUCCAAGUGCACCAUCGUGAUCCUGCUGACCUGCACCUUCCUGCUAUCCGCGAAACAGUACUUCGGCGAGCCGAUCCUGUGCCUCAGCUCAGAGCGGCAAGCGGAUUACGUGCAGUCCUACUGCUGGACCAUGGGCACCUACAUCCUGCCGGCGGAGGACGAGUGGUAUGGCGCCAGAAGCUGGGAAUACGCCCUCUACGCACCCGCCUCCGGCGCCGCCGACGAUGUCAACGUGAGCAGCCUGCGCGCGCUGGUGGCCCAAAAUGAGCAGUACGCCCGGCUCAUAUCGAUCGCCGAAGGCGUCGGGCCGGAGACGCGUGGCGUGACCAAGCGGAUGUACCUGCGCUACUAUCAGUGGGUCUUCAUGAUCCUGCUCUUUCAGUCGCUGCUCUUCUACUUCCCCUCGUUCCUGUGGAAGGUGUGGGAGGGCCAGCGCAUGGAGCAGCUGUGCUGCGAGGUCGGCGACGCGCUCAUCGUGGAGGCCACCUACCGCACCCGCCUCCAGAUGCUCACCAGAUACUUCCGCGCCCAGUUCGCCCCCAUCCACUGGUGCUACUCGAUCAAGUACUCAUUCUGUGAGCUGCUCAAUGUGUUCAUCAGCAUCCUCAACUUCUGGCUAAUGGACGUGGUGUUCAAUGGGUUCUGGUACAAGUACAUCCACGCCCUGGCCGCCAUACCCGUGUACGACUGGAACCUCUGGAACCUGAUGACGUCGCGCGUCUUUCCCAAGGUGGCCAAGUGCGAGAUGUUCGUGUAUGGGCCCAGUGGCACCCCGAAUGUCAUGGACAUCCUGUGCGUGCUGCCGCUGAACAUCCUGAACGAGAAGAUCUUCGCCGUGCUGUACGUAUGGUUCCUGUUCAUCGCCCUGCUGGCCACGGUGAACAUCGUCUAUCGCCUGCUGGUCAUCUGCUGCCCGGAGCUGCGCCUCCAGCUGUUGCGCACCCACCUGAAGGGCAUGCCCAAGGCGCAUGUGCGGGAAGUCCUGGCCAGCGCAGGAUACGGCGACUGGUUCGUGCUUAUGUGCGUGAGCAUCAACGUCAAUCCUUCCUUGUUUCGGGAGCUCCUCGAGCAGCUCUACGCCAAGCUAAAUCAGGCGCGGUGCACGGAUCCCGUAUUCGCGGAACAGCCUUCCCAGCAACUGCCGCAGCUGCCGCAUCUGCAGGCCAAGCUGGAAAGGUGUCCCAGUCGCAACUGCAGCCUGUUGAUUGAUCCCACGGCCGAUCGUCACUCAAUUUGCACGGUGAGCAGCCAACGAGUGAUGGCGGUGCCCACGGCCCCGACCAUCAACAUAAUGGCGCCCAACGACGAGAUUAUCAACCUGGAUAUCUACUACAACGAGAGCCACGCAUAGGUCCACAAUGGUUGCCAGUCCACUUUCUGCGAUUUAUUAGCACUUCAAUUAAAUGAGCUUUAGCACAAGUGAUUCUCAAUUAACCAGA